UGGGUUCGCUUGGGUGACACAAUUAUAACAACUUUAUCUUCGCGGCCGAAACGCGUUUUAUUUGUCAAAUACUCACAUCUUGGAUAUUGUACUCAGUUAUUUGCAUUCAAAUAGCUGCACGAUACCACUUUGUGAUGAAAAAUGUGACGUUUGAGGAGCUACCCGGAGAGCGCUUCUGUCCCCCCCGAAAGGAUUUACUACAUCGAAUCGCAUCUUUUCAUCCCGGAGAAAAGUUUUUGAUCGUUUCGCUCCCUUCAGUUUUCCUUCUUUGAUUUGGCGGAGCGAUCCGUUCGUCCCCGCGUCGCGAUUUUCCAUGCAAUCGUGCGGUGUGUCUCUCGCCGCUGCUGCCUGCGCUGCUGCUCGGAGUCUCGGCUCGGCUUCUUCUAGUGGUGAUGAGGGAAAGAAAAUGGCGGCGGGAAAAGCGAGUGAAACAGAGGAGGACUUUCCGACACUGACAGCCGAGGAGAGGGAUAGUUUGGCUGGGAUCGACAGCUCACUGUUUGGAUUUCAGAAGCUUCAUGAAGAUGGCGCCAGAACGAAGGCCCUGUUGAUGAAGGCUGUUCGGUGCUACGAUUCACUCAUCCUUAAGGCAGAGGGCAAAGUGGACCCUGAGUUAUUCUGCCAGCUGGGCCACUUCAACCUCCUCUUGGAGGAUUAUCCGAAAGCAUUAUCAGCAUACCAGAGGUACUACAGUUUACAGUCAGACUACUGGAAGAAUGCCGCCUUUCUGUAUGGCCUCGGAAUGGUCUACUUCCACUAUAAUGCCUUUCAGUGGGCGAUCAAAGCAUUCCAGGAGGUGCUGUACAUUGACCCGGGGUUCUCCCGGGCUAAGGAGAUCCACCUGCGCCUAGGUCUCAUGUUCAAGGUCAACACAGACUACGAGUCAAGCCUAAAGCAUUUUCAGCUGGCUUUGAUUGACUCCAACCCCUGCACUUUGUCCAAAGCUGAAAUUCAGUUCCACAUUGCUCAUCUGUAUGAGAUUCAGAAGAAAUACCGGGCUUCCAAGGAGGCUUACGAGAGCCUUCUGCAGACAGAGGAUCUUCCUGCGCAGGUGAAGGCCACUACCCUGCAGCAGUUAGGCUGGAUGCAUCACACGGUGGAGCAGCUCGGGGACAGAGGAAGCAGGGACAGCUAUGCCAUCCAGUGUCUGCAGAAGUCUCUGGAGGCCGACCCUAACUCUGGACAGUCCUGGUACUUCCUUGGCAGGUGCUACUCCAGUAUUGGGAAAGUCCAGGAUGCCUUCAUGUCUUAUCGGCAAUCCAUAGACAAAUCAGAGGCCAAUGCAGACACCUGGUGCUCAAUAGGGGUUUUGUACCAGCAGCAGAACCAGCCCAUGGACGCUCUGCAGGCGUACAUCUGCGCCGUGCAGCUGGACCACAGCCACGCCGCUGCCUGGAUGGACCUGGGCACGCUGUACGAGUCCUGCAACCAGCCGCACGACGCCAUCAAGUGCUACAUCAAUGCCACUCGCAGCAAGGGCUGCACCAACACUGCUGCGCUAACCCACCGCAUCAAAUGCCUGCAGGCUCAGUUGAGUAACCCCCAGCUCAGUAGCCUACAGAGUAAAAGUAAAAUGCUCCCUCUUAUUGAGGAGGCAUGGAGUCUGCCAAUCCCAGCUGAGCUAACCUCCAGGCAGGGAGGCCUGAGCAGUGCACCACAGCAGGCUUGUAAGCCCAAUCACAGUGCAGAGGGCGGGGGCUCGGGUCAGUCUCUGCCUCCUCACGUGGGCUCGCUUGGCCAAGCGGACGACCAGUCCUGCCCAGCCAAGAGGAGGAAAGCCUCCGGUCCUGCCAAGGGUGAUUCAUGGGCCAGUAAUCCAGCACAGCCAGUCCCCAACUGGUACCUCUCACCACAGAAAUUACAGAUGUUGGAACAGUUACGGAGUAAUCGGGCCAACUUGAAGCCGCCGCAGCUCCAGAUGUUGGAGCAGCUGGAGGCUCAGCUCGCCAUAAUGCAGCAGCAGCAGCACCAGCACCAGAUGAGACAGAGCGCCUCAGGAGGUCAGGUGCGCCCAUCUCUCCCCAACGGCCCCACUACCAACUCCCUCCCCUCCCCCAACCCCAGCCUGCACCCCAUGCGGCCCCACCUGGGACCCCACCGGCCACCGUGUCCGCCUCAGCCACUGGCCAACGGGCCCAUGGGCUCCGCGCUGCACGGACACUCGGACCCGCUCCCCGCGGGUGACAGUAGUAACAGUAGUAGUAAUAGUAGUAGUAGUAAUAAUAAUCAGCCAGGGCCCGCGCCCACAGGACCCAACGGAGACGUGCCUUACCUGCAACCUGCCGGCAGCGGCGGUGCAGCACUGCUACCUCACACCUGCACAAACACGCAAACACAGGACACCAUGCCGCGCCAGGCCCUGCACCUAAACUCCUCUCAGGGGCUUCAGAAGGGGUCUGUUCCACAUGGCUCCAGCAGUGAGGGGACCCUCUCUCACCCCGAGACCCCCAACUCCACCACCCUCGCGCACCCCAACAAUCAGGUUGGACAUUCCACUAAUGCCCCGUCGCCGCGGCCUCAUAACCACCUCCCGUCCCCGCCCUCCCUCCCCCACUCCUCUACCUCAGGUGGAGCAGGACCCAGUGUGUCCGCUACCAAAGAUGGCAACGCCACAGCCGCGUCCCUCGGCAACGGCAACUCUGUGGUCAAGACACCGUCGCCGCUGCCAUCAGCUGAUGGCAAAGCAGCGCAGGGGGACGGCCUAGCCAAUCACAUCCACUCGGAUGGCGGCAAAGUGGUAGAAGGCGGCGACAAGCCGAGCCUUAGCGCAGACAAUCCUAGGCUAUCUGCCCUGCUGGCAGGGGGGAAGGGUCCAGAGGAGAGCGAGGGGCCGUCAGAAGGGACUGCGCCUGCGGCAUCCACCACCUCGGAUCCCCACAAGAAAAUCAACAACAUCCACCCGGCCGUCCUGCCCUCCACCCCCCACGCACAGGGCAGCUCAGCUGCCUCCUCGCCCAUCUCUGCCAUAUCCACCGCCACACCUUCGCCCAAAUCCUCAGAGCACACCCAGGCAUGUGGCCACAGUCCUGCUGGCACCGCAGCCACUGCACCCGCCGUCAACGGCAACAGCAAAGGAGGUAUUUCCGAGGACUCCCAGAGCCCGCUGAAGGCUGAGCCGCCUGCCGUCACCAGUCUCAAAGCUACGCCUCCGCACGGACACAGCUCCUCGUCGUCGUCAUCGUCAUCUUCAAUAUCCAUCUACCCCAGCUCCACAGACGUGCUGAAGGCCUGCAGAAACCUGGGGAAGAACGGUCUGUCCAACAGCAGCAUCCUCCUCGAUAAGUGCCCCCCGCCACGCCUGCCACCUCCACCCUCACCAGCCCUGCCCAAAGACAAGCUCAACCCUCCCACACCUAGCAUCUACCUGGAGAACAAGAGAGAUGCUUUCUUCCCCCCGCUGCACCAGUUCUGCACAAACCCCUCCAACCCCGUCACUGUCAUUCGAGGACUGGCUGGAGCUCUCAAACUGGACUUGGGUCUGUUUUCCACAAAGACGUUGGUCGAGGCCAAUCCAGAGCACCUGGUGGAGGUCUGGACUCAGCUCUCCCAGCCCGCCGAUGAGAACUGGGAUCCGACCGGCACCAAGAAAAUGUGGCGCUGUGAGAGCGCCCGCUCCCAAACCACCAUCGCCAAAUACGCCCAGUAUCAGGCCGCCUCCUUCCAAGAGUCCCUGCGGGAAGAGAAUGAAAAGAAGGCACUGAAGGAGCCCUCAGACACAGAGCCAGCGUCAGCAGAGAGUGCUGCCCGCAAAAGAAGGGGACCUUUGAAAUACAUCAAGUUUGGAACCAACAUCGACGUGUCGGACGAACGGAAGUGGAAACAGCAGCUCCAGGAGCUCAGCAAACUCCCAGCCUUCGCUCGAGUGGUUUCCGCCGGCAACCUGCUCAGUCACGUGGGUCACACCAUCAUGGGUAUGAACACAGUCCAGCUCUACAUGAAGGUGCCUGGGAGCCGGAUACCAGGUCAUCAGGAACACAAUAACUUCUGUGCCGUCAACAUCAACAUUGGACCAGGAGACUGUGAAUGGUUUGCAGUACCGGAGCCCUACUGGGGAGUGAUGAGCAACUUCUGUGAAAAGAACAACAUCAACUUCCUGAUGGGCUCGUGGUGGCCUAACCUGGAGGACUUGUACGAGGCCGACGUGCCCGUCUACCGCUUCAUUCAGCGCCCGGGCGACUUGGUGUGGCUUAACACUGGCACAGUGCACUGGGUGCAGGCUAUUGGCUGGUGCAAUAACAUCGCCUGGAACGUGGGACCUCUUACCGCUCACCAGUACAAGCUGGCUGUGGAGCGAUACGAGUGGAAUAAGCUCCAGAGCGUCAAGUCCAUGGUUCCCAUGGUACACCUCUCCUGGAACAUGGCGCGCAACAUUAAAGUGUCCGACCACAAGCUGUUCGAGAUGAUCAAGUACUGCUUGCUGCGGACGCUGAAGCAGUGCCAGUGGGUGAAGGAAGCCUUGGCGGCAGCCGGCAAGGAAACGGUGCUGAGGCCGAGGACCAGGGACGAGCCGGCCCACUACUGCACCAUCUGUGAGGUGGAAGUGUUCAACCUGCUGUUUGUGCGCCGCGAGCUCCUGUCCAAGAAGCAGUGCGUGGUCCACUGCCAGGAUUGUGCCCGAAAAGGCAGCGCCGCACUGGACGACUUCGUGGUGCUGGAGCAGUACAGGAUGGAGGACCUGAUGCAGGUCUACGACCAGUUCACAUUAGCCCCUCCUCUUCAUUCAUCUUCGUCUUGACAUUAGGCGACUCUUCUUCUGCUGUGGAGCCAUGAAGCCCAUUUACAGGAACUUGUACUGAGAUCUAAAAAAACUGAAAGAACAAACAUACACGGACCAUUUCUGAUAUUCAGGAAAGCCAAGGCCGACUCUACCCGACCCCCUCAUCACCACCACCACCACCACCCACCCUCUCUGCCGCCCCUUCUGUAUGGCUGGUCUCCAUAGCGACGGCUGGAGGCUGAGGCGGCGGAGCGUGUCUGUCUAUGCAACCCCUGUACAAAGA